CACAUACCUAUAGAUAUCGGAACCGAUUUCAUCGAUCAGUGUUCUCCCGUGCGCGCACACGAUCGAACGUCGACGGCGAACGAUUUAUUUCUGUUUUAUCGAAAAUACACCUGUAACCCAACACAUAAAUACCCGAUAACGAUAUCGAAGCAUAAAAACGACGACGGAAAUCCGGAAAAACGACCAUGUUUCCCGGCGUGAUCGAUUAUUAUCGCCGAUUUUGUCAGAUCAUGUUGGUGGUGUUGUUGGUAAGUCGUAUGUAACAUAAUAGAUAUAAACCAUUGUUAAUUCUUUUGUUCACGUCUCGUGUGUUUUGCAGACGUCUCGUUACUAUCACGUCACCACUUCGAUCACGGUGUCCGAUCGAGACGAUUUCGACGGUACGUAAUACCGCCUCGUUAUAUUACGGGUACGGGUACGGGUAUCCGCGGGCUGUCGUCGAUGUAAACGAAAAACCAAUGCGGACAAAUAAUAAUAUAAUAAUCGAAUUAACGGCGCCGCGAAAUAAAUCGGCUUUUUUUUUAACGGAUUUUUACAGGCCAAGACGCCAACGACGACGCGGACACGCUAUCGGAGAAAGCCGGCGACGGGGACGCGGAAAACAAGCAUUUCAUGUAAGUGACUAUUUUAAUCCGGCGCGGCAGCUGCGUUUACAUUUAUUGCGGCGUCUCGGUCCGUGGUGUUUAUUACUUCUGAAUUAACGCCGUACGCACGGGUGUCCCAGCACCGUAUACUGUCCGUAAUGUCAUUACGGGCGAGACGGUUUCGAUUGUAAACGACGAAAAAAUCGCCCGAAAUAAUAAUAACAUUACACGCGUGUCAGCCCCGCUUUAUUGAUGUUCGACAGUGUAUUGUGCUCGCGAUUUCCCGCGCAAAUAUCCCAUGCACAGUUCGCCGAUGCCGAUCGAAAUAUCGAAAUGUUAUAUACCCAGGCGUAAUACCGAAAUUGAUAAGAUUUCAACGCGUCCCCCCUGCCCGCGCCCCUUUUGAACGGCCCGGUCGUUCGUGGCACAAACGUCGAAUACCGGAUCGAUAUCUCCGAAGAUCCGCAAUCGGCCGAGAUAACUUUUGUUCCGUUCAAUAUGUUUGGGGUUUUUUUUCUCGUGAUAAUUAUUAUUACUAGAACCUAUUGCGCUAUUAUGAUUCCUCUACAUGUUUUGUGAGAUUAAAAAUAAAAAGAAUUUACAUUUAAAAAAAAAUUGUUUUCACGAAGUCUAAGAUAUCCGUUUCAUAAAUAUAUGUGUUCUGAAACACAACUUUGGUGUUAAAUAUAUUUUGCAAGAACGUACGAAUACCACAUAAUUGAAACUGAAUCGUCGAAAUUAUUAUAUACUCGGUCGGUUUGGCUUUUCGUAAUGACAUUAGUGACGUAGGUAUCUGGCAUUAUAUAUAAUCUUUUUUCGGAAUUAUUGUAUACUACAGGGACGUGUAUUCGUUGAAAAGUGGCCCGCAACAGUUAGAGUUCGGUCACGUGUUCGAGGAUCCGAACGUCUGGGAACAAAGGUACGAGAAAAAAGAUUUCGACUCCCAGCGACACCAAGGACAGGUGAGUUCAGAAUAUAAACCAAAGUCCGACUUUGUGGUUUUCGAGAUAACAUGUAUGCAAAAACAACUAAAAAAAAGAAAAAUGCUAAAAUAAGAAACAAACAAAUUAACAAGAUAUGUUCGCGUAUAAAUCAGACGAGCCGAUGUUAUUUUUUUUUGUGUUGAAGGUCAAAUGGGGCGACAAAGACGGAAGUUACGGUGAACAGUAUUGGGACUUGAAUCACGGUGGUGCCGGAGAAUCGGCCUACGAUAAUGUGAGUUUACUUAUUGAUUUUUGUUCCAUACUUAUUACCUAUAGUAUAUUUAUGUUAAAACCAUUGGCGUAGCCUGUGUUUUGUUGAGAGGGAUGUUUUUAUUUUAUGUUUAAGUGUAACUUUGUAACUUUAUUGUGCGAAUGUGGCACAUAAUUCACAAACAUAAAAUAUAUAUUUAACAAUUAUCUGUAUGCGUAAAACACAUCUAGUUGAAAUCUGAUUACACACAUAGUAAAAAUUAUAUUUGUCGACAUAAAUAUAUGGCCGAGGGGUGUGUUCGAACACCAAAACCCUCCCCCCCCCUUCGCUACGCCGCUAGUUAAAAUUGUAUAAUAUUCGUUACAAGGGAGAAAACGGACCAUACGAAUCGUCUCCGCCGGAAAGCGGACCAUACGAACCGUCGAAUUGGGAAAAUGGCCAAGUAAAAAAAAAAAAAAAUUAAAAAUUAACCUAUAUAUUAAUAAUAUUGAUGCGAUGUUUAACCGCCGAUGUUUGAAAUUUAGGAAAGCCGUCACACGGCCGUGGUUUAUAAGCCGUUGGUCGUCACGUUCACGACCACGAACAAAUCCAAUAAGAAAUCGCCGACCGCCAUCGUCAGAAAUGCCCGUCACAAAAAUAUGCCGAACAAUAAAUUGCAGCAGAUGUCGGAACCGACGGCGACGACGACGACGGCUAAACCGAUGACGACCGGUAGAAGUGCCAACGAUAAAAAAACCGCACCCGUUUUGGUUUUCGACAUGAAGACCGGAGUGGUCAUGGACGAGGCCACGGGUAAUAAAUUCGUUCUGAAACCCAUAGACGAUUGAUUUCGAUCGCGAUACGUAAUAAUAUUGUGUUUGUAAUAAAAAUGGUGGGGAAAAAAACGAGAAUGGAUUCGAUAAUAAAAUGCAAUACCUAUACUUAUUGUACUCGUAUUAUGUAUCUAUACCUAUCAUUAUUUUCGCUAAAUUACGUAUACUUAAAUAAUAGUUCAAUUCGGACUCCUCGUACCGUUAACGCCGUUAUUAUAUUAUUAUAAUAUUGUGUAUUUUGUUCGUACAAUCGAUUUGUCUUGUUACGUUGAUAUUAUUAUUGUCUUUGUAUACGAUUCACGAAACAUUUAUUAUUUAAUCUAAUAAUUUUAUUAAAAUAUUUAUUAGAUAACGUC